AUGGAGACCGAAACCGUGUCCAUGUCCGACUUUGCCUUAAUUAAAGUUUUGGGGAAAGGAGGUAAGCAUCGUUUUUGUUUACAUUAAGGCUUACAAUGCUUUAUUACUACCAACUUGGCAAAGGUUUGGCAAGGUCUUUUGUAACUUAUUUGAUUGAUUUAUUUUUGUGCCUAAUUUUUGACUAAAGUUUCAUUCGUUUUAUUUCUAUUCUAAUUGUAAUCAUAAAUGUGAAUCACGUUCCUUUUUACACUAACUUUUUUGUUCCAGCGUAUGGCAAGGUGUUUUUGGUUCGCAAAAUUGGGGGGUCUGAUCAUGGAGUAUAUUACGCGAUGAAAGUGCUGAAGAAAGAACGAAUUGUAAGCAAACAAAAGAGUCUUGAACAUGCCUUGAUGGAAAGGAAAGUCCUUAUUCAACUUCGAGGAUGUCCCUUUUUGGUUAAUAUGAUCUAUGCCUUCCAGUCAGAUUCAAAGCUUCACAUUAUAAUGGGUAAGGUCUACAAAAUUUUUUUUGAUCUUUAGAAUACGUUAGUGGAGGUGAAUUGUUUACGCAUCUAUGCAGAAGAAGGUAUUUCCCUCCGCAAAUGGCUCGGUUUUACUUGGCUGAGCUUGCCGUGGCUUUGGAAUAUGUACAUCAGGUACAUUUGAUGAUUGUUUCCGUCAAUAAUUGUCUUAUUUUCAGAAUGGCGUUAUUUAUCGUGACCUAAAGUUGGAAAACAUUCUUCUAGACAGUGAUGGGCAUGUCAAGUUGACUGAUUUUGGACUUUCCAAAGCAUUUGAUGUCAAAGAAGAGGUUUGUCAUGGCAUAAUGGCUUUAUCUCGGUUUAGAUAAACCUUGCUCAUUCGUAUUGUGGUACGGUCGAGUAUUUGGCCCCAGAAGUGGUGAAAAGGGAUCCUGCCGGCUAUACCAAAUUAGCGGAUUGGUGGAGUUACGGGGUAAUCGCCUUCGAGCUACUCACCGGAUGUUCUCCAUUUACUAUUGAUGGAGAUCACAACUCAGCCAGAGAAGUCGGAAAGUAGGUGCAGUCUUUUUUUUGAUUAUGUUUUAGACGGAUUUUGGAGAAACAGGUACCUUAUCCGAAGAAUAUGGAUAAUGUUUGUAAAAACUUUAUUUCCUCUUUUUUGGAAAGAAAUCAAACGAAAAGGUUAGGGAUGAACGAUGUCAAGGACUUUGCUGAUCAUCCAUUCUUCCAAGGAGUCGACUGGGAAGAAGCCAGAAAUAGGAAACUGACCCCUCCAUUCAAACCUCAUAUUGGCGGACAGGUAAGAGACCUUUGAAUUGUAUACGUGAUGACUAAUAAAAUGGUAUAAAGUGUUGUUUUAGUCAGAUGUCCGAAAUUUUGCUCCAGAAUUCACUGCCCUUGAGCCAGUAUUUACCCCGGGAGAUGUCUCCGAUUCUUUCAAAACAAUGUUUAUGGUAUGAUUGAUUUGGAUCUUUUAAAUUGUUUAAAAUAUUUGUUUUUAGGGUUACUCUUACAUAUCCCCGUCAGUCAUGUAUUCCAAUAAUAAUGUGAUCGGCGAAGAGAAUUUGGAUGGAAACGCGAACAUAAAACAAUCUCCAUUUUUCAAUAAGUACGAGUUAGUACUUACAAAUGAUGGGUUUCUGGGACAUGGGACUUUCUCAGUUUGCAGGUAAGCAUUACUGAUCAUCGAAAAGGUUAUAUUUCAGAAAGUGCCGUCGUUUAUCAGAUGGAAAGCUUUUUGCAGUCAAGAUUGUGAGUCAGAAGUUUUCUCAUCAAGCUCGGAGAGAAGUCAGAAUUCUGGAGACCGUCAAUCCCCAUCCGAAUAUUGUUAAUUUUGUGGAGGUCCUCGAGGAUUACCUCCAUUUUUAUAUUGUUUUGGAGUUAUUAACGGGUGGGGAAUUGCUACAUCGCCUGAAGAAUAUGAACGCCUUCACUGAAUGUGAGGCCUCAAAAUUUAUGUCCCAAUUGGUCGCCGCUGUGUCCCAUUUGCAUUCCAAAUUUGUGGUUCAUCGGGAUUUGAAACCAGAAGUAAGUGGCAACUUUUAAAUUCAGCUCUUAAUUUUAGAAUAUUCUGUUCGAAAGUGAUGCCCCGGAUGCGCAGAUCAAGUUGAUUGACUUCGGAUUUGCACGUCUCCUCCCCAAUACCUAUGAAUCCCUCUCCACCCCUUGUUUUACCCUCGCAUAUGCAGCUCCAGAAGUGAUUGAAGUGGAAGAUGAACUUCCCCAGUAUAAUCAGCAAUGUGAUCUCUGGAGUCUAGGGGUCAUUAUGUUCACGAUGUUAAGUGGAAAGGUCCCUUUCCAUGCCAAGACUACUGCCGAAUCCGCAAAUGACAUCAUCGCCAGAAUCCGUUCCGCCGAAUUCAGUUUUGAUGACCCGUCCUUUGACUCUGUUAGUAAUAUGGCCAAGGACUUAAUAACAGGCAAGAUUGAUGGAAAGGUUAACAUGGUUACAGGGUUACUUACAAUCGACCCCAAGAAACGUGUAACCUUGGCCGAGUUGUGUCGUCAUCCCUGGAUUAAUAUGCAUAAGAAAACAAAUGCUCUCAGUGAGGCUAAGCAACUAACCACACCUACUCUCCUUCCAAAGACAGCAGGUUAGCAUAAUUUUGUAAAUAUUCAGGAAAUUAAUGCACAUCUUACGUUAGCUAUCUUAGGUGAGAGUUUCAAUGAGACAAUAACAGCUCUUUGGUCCGCUAAUAAAGCUGGUUUCCAUCUAAUGGAUGUAACUACUGCCCCAUUACUGGUCAAAAGAAGGGGCACAAAAAGGGCGAGCAGUGACAGGAAUCUGGAGAAUAACAACAAGGCCGAAUCUACAUUGCACUCGGUCUCCGAAGCCAAUGAGGACCAUCUCUCCCGUCCCAAUACUCUCGAUAUUUACGGAUCGGCCCCCAAUUCGGCCGCUUUUACCGAGUAUCGAGAUACCAAGCCCCCGGAAUUGAAGUACAGCCGAGAUUGCCCUCCUUACAACUAA